GGGAAGACGGGGGUGGGGCUACUUUUGGAGGUGUGCUCAUUUACCCAGCUCCUCCUCUGUGAGUCAACCUGCUCUCCUUCCUUAUGACCCUCCAGUAUUUUAACUGCUGCCAUUUUUCUCUGCUGUCUGUCUCCUCCACACAUCAGAAGCAAAAUGGCAUCUGGAGUAAAAGUCGCUGACAGAGUGAAGGAUAUCUACAAUGAAAUGAAAGUUGUGAAAAGCGAUGCUGAUAAUAACGAGCGUAUGAGAGUGGUGGUGCUUGCCAUCAUCGACAACUGCAUUGAUGUGGAGAAAAUCUUCCUUGAAAAAGAUCUGGCCGGUCAGGAUAUCUUCAAGUUUUUCAAGGGUCUGCUGGAGCCAGAUAAGUGCCGCUAUAUACUGUAUGACUGCCACUUUGAAACAAAGGAGUCGUCUAAGAAGGAAGAACUGGUCUUCACGACUUGGUGUCCAGAAAGUGGACGCAUCAAAGAUAAAAUGAGCUACGCCAGCUCAAAAGAAGCUCUUAUGAAGGUCCUGCAGGGGGGUGUCAAACAUAAUCUGCAGAUGAAUGACAUUUCAGAUUGCGGUGACAGGGACUGUUUUGCAGCAAAAUUGUCACAAGGCAUUCUCUGUCUCGAGGGCCACUCUCUGCACACCUAAUCUUAAACAGUCUUUCUGUCUCAUAGCAAGGCCAAUUUAAAGAGAUUUGAGGGGACAAUAGUAAAGUUUCCAAAUUCAUUUUGUUUUUUUGACAAAGCUUAAAUAGAAGGGUUAGGUUCUGGACCAGAUUAGAUUCCUGUAACAUCUUUGAUGUUUGUGUCCUAAUAAACAGACCAGUCACACCACUUUGGCUGUGGUAUCAGUCUUAUUCAGAUCUAAUUUUAUUCAUUCUUUGACCAUAAUUAUACUGUUGUAUGUCACUUGACUCUUAGUACAUUCAUUACGGAUCAGUAAAUUGUUUUUAUGUGCAUACGUACUGUUUGUAUCCCAGCAUAGAUCACUUGUCUUCCCUUAUGGACUUGUUAAAACAGGCAUGUUCAUUGUGUGCCGUCAUUGCUCCAAGUACUGUCAAAUAAAUUCUAUGCAUCAAAUCGUG